GUAAAUAAACGGUCCAACGGUUUAAAAUAGAAAAGUUGUAAGUUCUUUAUUUCCAAUCUAUACUUAACAUACAAGAUUAAUUGAAGAAAAACGAUGACAAUGUCAUCAACCAAUGUUGUUCAGUCACAUAUAGGCACAAUAACUUUUGCCAAUCCCGUAAACAAUAUUGAAGCUCACUUUUUAUAUCCUAAAGUGGUCAUCAUAGAAGACAGAAGAAAAGUGACUAUUAUAGAUAUUGAGUGUGAAUUUAACAACGAAACAAGCAAAACAUUCGUCUUUGACUUGGACGAAGAUAUCACUGAUAACAUUUUGCUGGAACAUCUUCUUUGGCUUACACUCAAGUCUUAUGUACUUGUAGUAAUAAACAUCAAGACAGGUACCUUAGUAAAUAUAAGAUGUAACAAUUAUGCCAACUAUAAAAUUUGCCAGUUUUACAGACUUAACAAUAAUCUGGUUUUAAUGAGUGAAAGUGGAGAGUGCCUUGCCUUGCCAUUUUCGACUACUGAGUUAGAUAACAAUAUGAAACAAAGUGAAAAGGACAUGGUCGUUACUCUUGAAAAGUUACACAUUUCUCGCUCAGCCUUAAAAUCUCAGAAAACUGUUACUUUAUUGAGUGAGUUGAAUGCUUACAUUGAAUCUGGCAAAGUGAUCUUACAAUGCAGCAUAACAGGCACAAUAGAUGUAUUGUCUACUGAUCCUCUGUUAGAAUAUAUUGUUCCAUGGACCAACUCUCUGAUAAUAGCUAAUAAAUCUAAUAUGUGGAUGAUAGAUCUCAGAGAUUUCAGCACAACAUAUCAAUUUUCAAAUGAAGUAUCAAAAUAUUAUCCACUUAAAGCUGUCAAUAAAACAUUCUAUUACAUAUUAUGGGAUAAAGAACAGGUGCAAGUUAAAAGUGCUUCAAUCUGCCAUAGUGAAAAUAAUGAAUCUGAAGCUUCUGAUAAUAUAGUAACAAGUAAAACUACACAAGACAAUCUUAAGGUGCAGUUGAACACUCUUGUCAGUUCAAUAACUUCUAAUAUAAAACCUGCUCAGGUAUUACCACAGCUGCAAUCAUUAUUUAAUAACAUAACAGACUUUAAUUUUCUUAUCAAUGCUGCCAUAAAACUUUGUAAACAUAACAUUUCAUAUAAAGUUAUUGUUUAUCCUUUACAAGCAAAAAUUAUUAGCAAAAAUGAUAAUGUUUUAGUAAACUUAAUCACUGAUUUAACAAAUAAGAUAGAUUUACUAGAAUAUAUAAUCUUUAGAGGUAAUAACUUUUAUGAGGAUGUUGAUCUGUUUGAACUAAACUUUAUUCAGUUAUGUAUUUUAUUUAUAUCUAAAUCAGACUUAGAUCUGGCUUCAAUCUGUUGGUUAAAGUAUUCCGAAAUGAGACUUAAAAUUCAACAUAAUGACAUAGUCAAUUUUCUUAAAGCUAUACCUUAUAAUAUUAAAAUUGGCGCUUUAAUUAUUUGGUUAAAUAAUUUUGUACCAUCUAUUUUGGAAGAAAACCCAUUUUAUGUUGAUUUAUUUGUUAAAUGGACCACUGAAAGAAUUUUUUAUUUAGAAAAAUCACCAUAUUGGCCUAAAAUAGGAGUAAAAUUUAUACAAGAAAUCAUUAAUGUUCUAGAAACAUCAGUAAAGACAAUUUCAAUAAGGCCAAUGUCAUUAGAUGAUUUAGACAUAUUGAAAGAUCGAAUCAAUUAUAUAAUGGAACUCAAAGAGAAGUACAAAAUAAAUAUGCUGCUAAGUGAAUUGAGUUCACAGAAUCCCACCGAAGUGGCUGUAAUAGUGUUACGUCGUUGUUACACAGAAGAUUUAGAAGAAUUUCUACAAAAUAAUUUACCCAGUUAUGCUACGAGACAUUUGUUUGAUUUGGAUGAUUUGUUAUAUUCUUUUAUUGAAAGUGAAGCAGCUGCUAGUGGAGGUAGUGUUGAUGGUGUCCGUUUGCAACUGUUACUUAAUGCGUUUCGUUCAAACAGUAACAAACUUAAAUGUCUUUUACAAGUAUUGAAAGUGUUGGAUGUCCCAUGGAACAAUAAAAUAUUAGAACUUGCUAUUACUGCUGCAGCUUCAGCCAACACAGACUUUACAGUCACAGAUGAAGAUAGAAUUUUAGCGCAAGAUAUACAUAUAGAAUUAAAUUAUGCGAAAGUGAAGGUCGUUUUGAAAAAGUAUAAUUUUCCUUUGACAUGUACCGAUUAUAAUUUAGUUAUGCAUAAAAUAAUUGAUGCUGCAUCUAUUGAUCUCUGUGAUUUAAAAGUAAUAACUAAAGUAUUACCCCGUUAUACAAACACCAGCCACAUAUUAUAUAUUGAUAAAUGCUUAAAAAAUUGUGAAACUAAACUAGCAUUAAAUUAUUUUGAACAAUUGCCCAAUAAAGAUAAAAAAAUGUUACUCAAAACAAUAAUGAACAAAUAUGAACUUAUCAACAUUGGAAUUGAUGUUAAUGCUACUCUUGAAAGAAAUUAUCUUGAUUUUCUAAAAGGCACAAAAUCUGUUAAUAACAUUCAAAUGAGAACUUUGGAAAAUAUGUAUCAUUUGAAAAAUUCUUAUGGCAUAAAAUUGAGUGUUGAUGCCAUGUAUACCGAAAGUUGUUGUACAACAGAGGUGGACAUUUGGAUUCAAAAUGAUGGCGCAUCGGCAACUUCAGGGCGUGGUAGAUGUCUAACAAAAUUGGUAAAUAAAGAUUUAUGUAGAAAUUCUGUUUUAGUAACACUUUUGCGACGAACGUCUACAAGUCAAGAAGUGUGCAAAGUCAUUGAAUUCAUGAUAACAUCUGAUCCAUGUAGUCAAAAAAUGACCCAAAUAUUGCAAUCUUUUAAAGAUGGAAAUAAUUCUAAGCUUUUAAUAGAAUGUAAUAAUGUUUUAACACAAUUGGUGUUAAAUUGUGAUGAAGAAGAUAUACAUGUUUUAAUCACAAGGAUGUCUAUUUUAAAUUCAUUAAUUAAUACUAAUGUGGUAUUGAAAAACUUGUCAGUGGCAUGGAAAUUCCAUUACAUAUUUUUGCCAAUUUCUUCAGUCAAUGCAUUAAAUGAUUUGAUUGAUUUUUAUAGUAAAGUAUCGACGAACGAAUUAAAUUUGGAAAGGGAAAUUUUACACAUAAGUAAUAAAAACGACUUGAUUCCAUUCAGGAUAAUAUCUUAUCUUAUGGUUACAGUAUUCGAAAUGGAAAAAAGUUCAUGUGAUGAUUUAUUGAAAGUAAGAGAUGGACUAGCGAGAAAACUGUUAACUAAAAUAAUUUCUUUACAAGACAUUGAUAACGCAUUGCUAACCAUUUUAUUAAUUAUUUUAACACGAUUUGAAGACGAGAAGGAUAACACGUGGGUAUUAGAAAUUCUACGCGCACAAAGUGAAACGUUGGCGCCUUCUAUUAUGAAUUAUUUAUCUGUUCCGGUGACACGAAGUAUAUUUGGAUUGAGUACAAUUUUGCCAGGAAACAUAAUUACUUAUCCUCCUCAAUAUAUAUUAAAAUCAAAAUUCAAUAUAGAAUUGUCGGAAAUAGCUCUACCAGAUGGAACUGAAGAAACUUGGGACGUAAAAGUUGUUCUUUUCCAUGUUUUGAGACAGUAUCCGAAUACCACGCUUGAGCGACUUUAUGAUUUAUGUCGUACAUUCAAUGUGACUUUGGAUGAUGGUUUAUCAUUGUUACUUAUAUCGGUGUUAAUUAAUUGGAAUCUAAAAUAUAAGUUAAUCGAAGACGAUCUCGGUUGUCGUAAACUUAAAUUGGAUAACGAUGAGAGAGAAUUAAUAUUAAGAUGCCACAUAAUUUGGGAUAGCAUAGAAAAGAUAAAUUUUAUUCAAGACAUAUUGAACGACUUUUGGAAAAGUGGUGAAAUAAUAUUACAUGGCUCAGUGAUUUCUAUUAAUCCGUAUUAUUAUGAGGUAUACUUUUGCAUAUAUCUCUUGUUAUUUGGUUCUAGUGCAGAGCUCCGGAAUAAUAAGGAAUAUUUCUUACUACACUUUUUAAAAUAUUACAAGAGAAAAGGAACUCCAAAACAAUAUGAAUAUGAAAUGUUUUCCGUAAAAGGAAUGUUUCCAGAAAUAGGCUAUUACCGACUACCUUUUCAUCUCUUUAUGCGAGAAGAUAUGUGGACUCAUCUAAAAUCUGAAAUAACUUUAGAAACGUAUGAACGAUGGCUUCAGGUUGUUUCAAUAUUAUCGCUCAAUAAAGAUUUGCAAACAGCAAGGGAUAUGAUUUGUAGCAACGCCGUGAAGCAAACUAUGACAUCGAGAACUAAAAGCGAAGAAGCAACUCCAAGUUCAAAGGAGAACGAACCGUGGCGUUUGACAUCAAGAGAAGAACCUUUGCUUCGUACAGCUCAUAAGUGUGUUCGCCACAUUGCUAAUAUGGAAUGGGCCGGUGCAUGCCUGUUCUAUGUUCUACAGGGCUGCGCGCGUGGGGCUGAUCAAGUGGCGGCAGCACAUUUAUGUUUCCAGUUUUCGCAGCGUUGGGCCACUCUUCAACCUGGAAAUCGCGCCCUUCGGCAAAUGGAACGUUUAUACGCGACUUUAUCUACACGCCAUGCAUUGCAUAACAUUGAUUGGGCUUGUGAAGAAUUUAUUCGAUUGUCCACUGAACCUGCACAGCUCAUUCAUGCCAUGUACCUUCAUCCUGAUUUUGUUGAUAAGAUCGCACGCUAUGACGUUAAUCGUGCUGCAAAUGAAAUUGCAGAUAAAAAUAAUAUAAAUAUAAGUACUAUUCGAAUACAAAUUUUAGAAAAUUUACUCCAAAAGGGCGAAAAAGAAACCGAGACGUUGCCAGGACUAAACACAAAAGAACUUAUAACUGCUAAGUAUAUACUGAAAGCAACGUGUUCAAAAAUGGCAGCUAUUUAUUUGUCUAGAAUCGCUUUAGACGAGGAAUGUGAAUUUAAUAAAUGCAAAAAACUAAGAGCUUUUCAAUGUUUGAUGAGUGUUGUAGAUCCUGACACUGCUGUAAAAGUCACUAACCGGGAACGUGAGUCUCUUUGGUCCUUACUUUUAGAAUUACUGUAUGUUGUUAAUCUUGAAAAAAUUGACAUGCCCUGGGUAGUUGCAACAUUUGUGCAAGAUAAGCUUCACGCCCUUCAACAAUUGCUCCAAGUUGCUAAUGGAAAUAUUGAAGGUUUAAAAAUCGCAGCUGCACUGGCUUUGAGAUACGGAGAUGCACUUAUUAUACGUGAGCUAAUUCCUCUACUAGUUCGAGCAUCCUUACACGAUGAAGUAAUCCCCUUGCUGUUAAAAUGCUGCCAUUUACUUGAUGAAGUUAUAUACACGGCUUGGCGUGCAGUUAUGCUUACGCCAUUCCAGAGGGCAGAUUACCCCAUUACAGAACGACAAAAGAAAAAAUGUCUAAAGGUUUUAAAUUUACUACCUGUUUGUCCUUUGAUAAAAGAUGAAGAUUUGUUAGAAAUAUGGAAACAUUGUGUGCGAUGUAAAUGCCUAGGUCUCGGUUGCUUAAUUUUACCAUACAUGACAUCGCAAACUCGGCAAAAAUUGACAGAACUUCAAAAAAUUGACAGAAGAAAUCUUAUAAUAAGCAUCAAAAAUUUACACGCCGAGUCAUAUCUUGUUCCCGGUGCAAUGAUUGCACUGGAAAAUUUAGGUUCAAAAACACACAGGUAAAAUCUUUUGUUACCCUUUUUCAAAUAUCUUGGCGGCUGACCUUGAGCUGCAGGUUGGAAAGUGUCCUCACUUCGUAUCCCUAUAUUUUCCGCUACACCUAAAUUGUGUUCUGCGAAACGAUUCGCACGGUUUUCCGAGCCGCUAAGAUAAUUGAAAAAUACUAUAUAAAAUAUUCAUCAUUCAGAGAAAUAAUGCAAACCAUUGUAUAGGUUGUGUACCGACCACAUGUACCUGAAGCAGGGUUUUAUCAAGAAUCUUGUGGUAGUAUAUCACAAUAAUUGAAACGUUUUGCAACAGUUUUUGCUUUUGCCAAAAAUCGCAUAUCAUUUUUUUCCCGCAUUAUUAUUUAUUUGUGUACAUAAAUAACUUGUUCUUUUGUAAAUGAGUAAAUUAAAAGAAAACAUACUUAUACUCAACCUCCACAUAAAAUUUUUGAUUACUUUAACCUGCCCUGUAAUAACAAAAAGCGAAGAGAUUUCUAUUUUUGUAAUGAAUAAAGUCUAAUACAUAGCUGUUAAAGUAUACAAUAUUCACAACUCAUAGCUGUAUUAUUCCUAAGUAACAUAGACUUUACCUAAUAUUAUAAAAGGUAAUGUCCACCAAUGUGAGGGUGGCAUGAGCCAAUUUUAUUUGUAUAUUGUUAAC